AUGGCAACCUCAGAGCUGGUCUGCCACAUCAACGCCACCAUUUGCUCUGGCACAUCAUGCCUGGUCCCAGAAAGCAACUUCAACGCCGUCCUGAGCGUGAUCAUGAGCACCGUCCUGACCGUCCUGCUGGCCCUGGUCAUGUUCGCCAUGGGCUGCACGGUGGAAGCUCACAAACUGUGGGCGCACAUCCGCCGGCCCUGGGGCAUCUUCAUCGGCUUCCUGUGCCAGUUCGGGAUCAUGCCCUUCACCGCCUUCGUCCUCUCGCUGGCCUUCCAGGUGCUGCCCGUCCAAGCCAUUGUCAUCAUGAUCAUGGGCUGCUGCCCCGGAGGCUCCAACUCCAACAUCAUCGCCUACUGGCUGGACGGAGAUAUGGACCUCAGUAUUAGCAUGACCACGUGUUCGUCCAUCCUGGCGCUGGGAAUGAUGCCGCUCUGCCUGCUCAUCUACACCUCCGUGUGGACUUCAGCGGACACCAUUCAGAUCCCCUACGACAGCAUAGGCACCACGCUGGUGGGUCUGCUCGUGCCUGUUGCUGUGGGAAUGUACGUCAAACAUCGGUGGCCCAAGUACGCAAAAAAGAUCCUGAAGGUGGGCUCUGUCUUGGGCUUCAUCCUGAUCAUCAUCAUCGCUGUGGUGGGUGGCGUGCUGUAUCAGUCCUCUUGGACAAUCGCCCCCUCUCUGUGGAUCAUUGGAGCCAUCUACCCCAGCAUAGGCUUCGGCCUGGGCUUUCUGCUGGCGCGCUUCGUGGGACAACCCUGGUACAGAUGCCGCACCAUCGCCCUGGAGACGGGUUUCCAGAACGCGCAGCUGUGCAGCACCAUCGUCCAGCUGUCCUUCUCUCCUGAAGAGCUGGAGAUCAUGUUCGCCUUCCCCCUAAUCUACAGCAUCUUCCAGAUGGUGAUGGCCAUCUUAGCAGUUGGAGGUUACCGGCUAUAUAAGAAGCACUGUCGGCGCAGCCCGCCGGAGGAGGACAGCGAGAGGGCGAAUGGAGAAGCUGUCGACUCCAGUAAAGAGAAGCAGGACUGUGGUUUGGACAACGAAGGCUUUCAGUGCGAUGAGAACGGCAACAAAGAUAAAGGCAAAAUGACACAGCUGUGAGUUAGAGUCAAAACCCCUCUCGCUCUGAGCUCCCUCAUAGAGACGUUUGCUGGCAGAAGGCUAUUCUGACCACGCCUGGCUGGAGGAAUGAGCUGCAGGUCCAAGCGAUUAUUAUUUAUUAUCUUCUCGAGCUCGUCUCUUUGCACAAAAUUUGAAGUAGUUCCUUGGCAUAUCGCCACAUCAGUAGAAGCGCUCUAUGUGAGUAAUGUGCACCAGCGUCAGGUCAGUGCGUGCCGUGCCUGCCCACAGGUCGACCCAAGAGCUAUGACUGGUCAGGGUUUUCGACUCUGGCAGCUGAAUCGCAGUGACACACAUUAUAACCGCUGAGUUCUGACGAGGACAGCUUAACACAUUUACCCAUGACCUAAAGAACUAAUUUGUGCUAUUCAGGGUAAAUGAUAGGCUUUUCAGUAACACUUUCUAUGAAUGUCAUGUCUAUGAGCAUCUAUAAACACAUUCAUAACAUGUUGUAAUGCAUUCAUAAGGCAUUAUAAACAUGGUUAUAAAUAUUUAUAAAAAUAAAUUACUCUGAAUUGCACUUUAUAGCCAAGUUUAUUAUACAUUAUGCAUGUACAACAUGCAUGCAUUAUGAAUGCAUUAUAAUGUAUUAUGAAUGUGUUCAUAGAUUCUUAUAGACAAACCAUUCGUAGAAAGUGUUACCGGCUUUUCUAACGUAUUUCAUAACCAUAAUUGUACUGGAUCGUUGCUGUGUAAUGUUGGUGUUCAUCAUUUUCAUUGCCUCAUUUUAUCUUAAGGUUAAAUAUGUUGAGUCUGCACAUCAGAAGCCUUUAAUAAAACAGGAUUAUUACAUAAACUGUCCACCGGGUGGAAAACACAAAAAAAGACUGCUUAUAUCAGACAGGAC